AUGGGCCCGUUCAUUCAGGCAAUCCAUCCAAAGUUCGAUGAGUAUCUUGUCCAGUGGGAGAGUGGUCCUUUAAGCUGUGUGUCUGUCUUCCACAAAUUCGUCGUUCUCGCCUCCGACCGAGACCUAGCCCACAAGAUUUUCAAGUCGCCCUCAUACGCCGAGCCAUGCAUAGUUCCGAUAGCAAAAGACAUCCUAGGUUACAGAGCAUGGGUUUUCCUUCAGGGUAGAGCCCACACCGAGUACCGAAGGGGGUUAACUCCUCUGUUCACCAAUAAGGCUCUGGCCACUUACCUUCCGGUACAAGAGAAAGUGUUCACGGACUACUUUGACAAAUUUCUUUCUGCCAGCAAGGCAAAUCAUGAGCGGCCCAUGGCGUUCAUGUCCCUAUUCCGAGAGAUCAACUGUGCGCUUUCGUGCCGAACCUUCUUCGGUGACUACAUAUCCCAGGACGCGGUUAAGAAAAUCACAGAUGAUUUUUACCUUGCUACUGCUGCUCUUGAGCUUGUUAAUAUUCCUCUGUCCAUGUAUAUUCCGUUUACCAAGCCAUGGUUAGGGAAGCGAGCAGCUGAUGCUAUUCAUAUCGAGUUCGGGAACUGUGCGGCUGCAUGUAAAGCAAAUAUGGCGACUGGCGCAACGCCCACAUGCAUCGUGGAUCAUUGGGUGCUCCACAUGAUGGAGUCCGAGCGAUAUCGCGAGAGGAUUGCGUCGGGCGAGGCUGAGGCGGAGAAACCAACGAAUCUCAUCCGCGAAUUCACAGACAAAGAAAUUGGGGAGACGCUGUUCACCUUCCUCUUUGCAUCUCAGGACGCAUCCAGCAGUGCCACAACUUGGCUAUUCCAAGUCCUUGCCCAAAGGCCCGAUGUACUCGAUCGACUGAGAGAAGAGAACCUAGCUGCACGUGGUGGUGAUAGACACAAGAAUUUUGACCUCCCAAUGCUGGAGUCACUCACCUACACCAACGCAGUUAUCAAGGAGCUACUCCGCCACAGACCACCCGUCAUCUUCGUUCCCUACCUUGCCACAAAGAACUUCCCGCUUACGCCUAACUACACCGUCCCCAAGGGCUCUAUGGUGAUCCCGUCCUGUUACCCAGCUCUACAUGACCCAGAUGCUUACCCCAAUCCCAAUGUUUUUAAUCCUGACCGCUGGAUAUCUGGGGACGCCGAGUCCAAGACAAAGAACUGGUUGGUUUUUGGGGCGGGACCUCAUGACUGUCUCGCAAGGAGGUAUGUGCCUCUAUCGAUGGCAGGUAUGAUUGGCAAAGCAGCGCUGGAGUUGGAUUGGGACCAUCAUGCUACAAAGAGAUCGGAGGAGAUUAGCGUAUUUGCCACCCUUUUUCCAAUGGAUGGAUGCCAAUUGGUUUUCAGAAAACGCUCCUAG